AUGUCUGGGGAGACUUCACCAACUGCUGGUAACAACAGCAAUAUCGUUGAUCUUUUAUCUACCUUGAAUCCAACAGCUGCUGCUGCUGCUGCGUCAGUAGCAGCAACAACAACAAUAUCCGCAGCCACACUUACACCAUCAACCGGUACCAUUCGUAAUAAUGAUAUGAACGUUGAUUCAUCAGAUUUUGUACCUGCCAACCGCCUGCUUACUCAACGGCAAGCAUUGUAUCACAAUAAACAACUUGAGUCAUUACGAGAACAACAACAGCAAUUACAACACAUGGAAGUCGAUGAUCAACAAGCGUUUGAAGUCUCCUUUACAAAACACAGCAAUGCAUUCCAUACUUUAUUUGAAUUUUAUCAAGACCAAAUUCUCUGUGACGUCGAAAUUGUUUGUGAUAACCAAACAUUUCUUUGUCAUAAAGUUGUUCUCGCUGCAACAAUUCCAUAUUUUCGAUCGAUGUUCACAUUAGGCAUGCUCGAAGCUGACAAACGUCGAAUUGAAAUUCAAGACAUUCAUCAAAACUCAUUGAGAACAAUCAUAGAAUUUGCCUAUACUGCGAAAGCCGUCAUAACAAUUGAUAAUGUUCAGAAUCUUCUAUUUGCAUCAACUGUUCUGCAAACAGAAGAUUUAGCUGAAGCUUGCUCGAGUUUCCUACGGCAACAUUUAUCGUUAACUAACUGUACAGAAAUACGGCAAUAUGCCGAACUACUUAAUCGUAAAUCAUUAAUUGACUUAGCUGAUGAAUUUAUUCGUGAUCAUUUCUUGGAAAUUAUUCAAAUUGAUGAUUUUUACAAAAUUUCAUACAAACAUUUGAAAGAAUUGAUUGCAUCGUCGGAUUUGGGUAUAUUGGACGAAAAAGAUGUCUAUGAUGCAGUAAUCAAAUGGGUUAAACAUGAUCCACGAGAACGAGCUGUUCAUCUUGCCGAUCUAUUACAAGAAGUCAAAUUUCCAUUGAUCAACACAGAUUACCUGUUUAAUGUGAUUGCUCAAGAAGAGUUAAUUCGAACCAAUCUGACAUGUCGAGAUCUGUUGGAUGAUGCGAAAGUGCAUAUUUUCAAACGAGCGAAUCUGUUAACAACAAAAUCUCCAAUGGGAUCAAAGAUAAUUCCACGAAAAACAGCCGCAGGUGUGUUAUUGUGCGUUGGUGGCCGUGGUGCUACAGGUGAUCCAUUUAAAUCGGUGGAAUGCUAUGAUCUGAGACAUGAUCGAUGGUUUUAUAUAUCAGAAAUGACAACUCGACGUCGUCAUGUCGGUGUAUGUGCAGUCAAUGGUCGUGUAUAUGCUAUUGGUGGUCACGAUGGUAACGUUCAUUUAAAUAGUGCUGAAGUUUUCGAUCCACAAACAAAUCGCUGGGAACCCUUGGCGCCCAUGAACACAUGGCGACGAGGUAUUGCUGUUGGUUGUCUUGGUGGUCCAUUGUAUGCGGUCGGUGGACUUGAUGAUUCGACAUGCUUCGAUACUGUUGAACGAUAUGACAUUGAACAUAAUACGUGGAGUCCGGUAGCAUCGAUGUCAACGGCACGUGGUGGUGUAGCUGUUGCAGCGCUUAAGGGUUAUUUGUAUGCUUGUGGUGGUAAUGAUGGCAGUUCGUCGUUGAAUUCAUGCGAAAGAUAUUGUCCAUCUUACGAUAAAUGGGCUCCGAUCGCCCCAAUGAAUAAACGACGUGCUGGCGCAUCGGUAACGGUACUCAACAAUCGACUCUACAUACUUGGUGGUUUUGAUGAUAAUUCACCACUUGAUUCAGUUGAAUGUUUUGAUCCUGACACAAAUGUUUGGACAAUGGUGCCGAAUAUGACAUCAUGUCGCGGCGGUGUUGGUUCAGCUACACUAGGUGGCCGAAUAUAUUCUGUCGGCGGACACGAUGGUUCAACGUAUUUGAAAACAGUUGAAGCUUACGAUGCCGAGACUCAACAAUGGGCAUCAGUGGCAAGUAUUAACAUAUGUCGAGCAGGUGCCGGCGUUUCUCAAUGUGACAUAAGUGUUUCUCAACUAUGCGAAGUGAAAAAUCCUACCAAUCCUUCUAGUUGUGUAUAA